AUUUUUAGUGCAGCUGGCAGUCCUGCAAUGGGGCUGCUACUGCUGUAGCUGCUGAACAGCUCACGCUUCUCUGACGAUUUGGAGCCGGGCCCACUGAGGCUCAGAGAAUAUAUCCCCAGAUUCUUUGGAUUUUUUUUUUUUUUUUUGGAAAGAGUCAUCCUUACUUUCCCUCAAGAUGACAAACAGUUCUAUCUUCUGCCCAGUUUACAGAGACCUGGAGCCAUUCACGUAUUUUUUUUAUUUGGUUUUCCUUGUUGGAAUUAUUGGCAGUUGUUUUGCAACCUGGGCUUUCCUACAGAAAAAUGCAAAUCAUAGGUGUGUAAGCAUAUACUUGAUUAACUUGCUAACCGCAGAUUUCCUGCUUACUCUGGCCUUACCGGUGAAAAUCAUUGUGGACUUGGGCGUGGCACCCUGGAAGUUGAAGAUAUUCCACUGCCAAGUAACAGCCUGCCUCAUCUACAUUAAUAUGUACUUAUCAAUUAUCUUCUUAGCAUUUGUUAGCAUUGAUCGCUGUCUUCAGUUGACUUAUAGCUGCAAGAUUUAUCGAAUACAGGAACCUGGAUUUGCCAAAAUGAUCUCGGCCGUUGUGUGGCUAAUGGUCCUUGUUAUAAUGGUGCCAAACAUGGUAAUUCCCAUCAAAGAAAUCAAGGAAAAGCCCACCGUGGGUUGCAUGGAAUUCAAAACGGAGUUUGGAAAAAACUGGCAUUUGCUGACAAAUUUCAUAUGCAUAGCAAUAUUCUUAAAUUUCUCAGGCAUCAUCUUAAUAUCUAACUGCCUUGUAAUUCGACAACUCUACAGAAACAAGGAUAAUGAAAAUUAUCCAAACGUGAAAAGCACUCUCAUCAAUAUACUUUUAGUGACAACAGGCUACAUCAUAUGUUUUGUUCCUUAUCACAGUGUCCGAAUCCCAUACACCCUCAGCCAGACAGAGGUCAUAUCUGACUGUCCAACCAGGAUUUCACUCUUCAGAGCCAAAGAGGCCACACUGCUCCUGGCUGUGUCCAACCUGUGUUUCGACCCGAUCCUGUACUAUCAUCUCUCAAGAGCUUUCCGUUUAAAGGUCAAUGAGACUUUUGCCUCACAUAAGGAGAGCAAAGUGCAGAAAGAAAAAUCAAGUUGUGAAAACAAUGCAUAAAAUAUGGAUUUUUCAUGCGAUUAUGUCUUGCCCUACUGGACAAUUAAGUACAAAACUACUGAAAGGAGGAAGAAAAGUGCCUCAAGUAAGUAAAAAUGCAGAUAGCUAACAAAUGUGGCUUGGUUUACUGAGAACUCUGUUUCUAAAUGCAAGCCAAGAAGUACUCUUGUGGUUGCUGAUGCUCCUUAACCCAAUUGUUUGUACAAAGAGCUGAAGUCUUAUUGGACCAAUAUAUAACCCUGCAAUAUCCUUGAAAUAUAAAAUGAGUUCUAAGACACAGACUCAGAGGUAGUCAUUUAAAGGCCUGGAACUGCCUUCCUGACACAAAUAGGCAAAAUAAUCUCUGUAAGUUGCCAGAAAGCCCUUCAGCAACACAACUUAAAGCCCUUCAGAUUGCUUUCCAAAAAAAAAAAAAAAAAAAGCCAGAUGACUUUUUUUACAUGAAACCACAUGUACCUGAUUUAUUUUUAAUCCAUCACUUCAAAAAGGGUAAGCUUUUUGCUCACUACUCCAAUUUUUAACAUCUCAAUGUUUCCUAACACAAGAGCUUAAAAAUUUUUACUCCUAAAAAGGCUUGGAGAUCCAUGGACAGUUUUGAUUGUACUAUAUAUCCUUAUAUUCUACCUGAAGGUUAAAAAUAAAGAUUUUCUACAUCAGGAA